CUCCUAGCAAAGGCUGGUUAUUUUUCCAAAAUUUGAAUUCAUACAAUUUAAUUAAAAUAUUGCAAAAUAUAAUUUCUCGACUGUAUUGGCCUGCAUAAAAAAACUCCAACUUUAUUUGCAUAUUUACAAGAAUAUUUGCAUUAAUUAGAGAGCUCAAUAUGAAGGCAGAAAAUGCAAAAAUGGAAUUGGCACACAAAAACAACGCUUUGAUCAAAGCAGAAACAGACGUGAAAAUAUCAAAGAAACUAGUGAAAAAAUACGAAGAAGUUUCUGGUUCUCUUCAGGAGAAACUUCUUCAACUAACCAGGGAUAAAGCAGAACUCCAAGUUCAAGCCAGGAGGACUGCUGAAUCUCUAGAAGCAGCUCAAGCUGAACUAGAAGCUGCUAAACAAGAAGCUGAUGUUCAGUCUAAACUGGCAAAACAGCGAAAGAUGGCAGGACGGAUAGCAGAGCGGGAGAGAGGUGAAGAUUCAAUUCUUCUCAACAAACUUCAAAUUAAGGUUCGAGAAAUGAGACUUAGCAUGGGAAGAAGAAUUGAAGAGCUGGAGAAAGAACUUGACAAAAAAGACAUCAAGUUCCAGGAUUACAAGUCUAGGACAGAUACAUCUAUACGAAAUACGAGGAAGGAGCUUGAGGUUCAGGAGAGGAUGGUUGAGAAGUUGAUCGAGGAGAGGAGAAGAUUAAAACAGGAAAGAGAGGAUUCAUGAAAAAACUGCCAAAAUAUACAUAUUUAUACAUAUUCAUAUAUCUCUAUUAUUAUUAUACAUUUGCAGACAUGUGUCAUAAAUGUACAAAACAUUUAAUUAGUUUCUAUUUAACCCUUUAUAAUGAAGUGUACUAGAAGCAUAGUAAACAGCAAACCUAGCUGUCAAUGUGAAACAAGGGGGGGGGGGCUAUUGAAAAUAUUCCUCCACUGGAUUUUUGUUACAAGGAAUUUGGUCAAUUUUUUGUCAAAAUCAUGACCAGCUUGUGUGGAUAGCAGAUGGAAAAUGUGUGAAUAAUGGAAAAUUUUGUGGGAAUAACUGGCGCCGCGCGCCGCGCCUCAGGGAAAUUUGUUUUAAAACUCCUCUUGAAAAUCAAAAUUAAAGGGAUAGAAGGUGCCCCUGCUCUCCCUUCUUGUGCUCUUAAUUUUUCCAGGGGGGGAUGUCCCCCAGUUUUCCAGGGGGGAUGUCCUAACUCCCCCCCUCCUUUUAAGCCGCCUCUGUUUGAAACUAAGAGUUGUCGGCAAAACCGUUCCGUUGCACAAAUGUACAGAAAACUGUGGAAUUUUAUUGUCAUCUUUCACAUUUUUUUAGUUAUGAAAUUUUACUAGAAACUUUGUAAUUUGUAAUAAUCUUUUUCGGAAAUUUUGUGGGUUACAUUUAAAAAAUAAAUCGUCAUUAAAAUUCCAAAAUUUGUAGCGAUAUUUUAUAAUGAGAAAGAAGACAAAAUCUGCAAUGUUUUCUGUAAACUGAGAUGAGAUUUUAAAAGCUUAAACCCUAGUAAAACCCAGUCUUUUCGUCUGCUUAGACCCAAGUAAAGCUCAAGCCGAGACCCGGGUUUUGGAUGGCCUUGAGUUUUGUAAG